AAGAGCCAAAGGUUAAAGGUUAAGUACAGAGUGUUCCAGGAGGUGUGGCUUAAAUAGGAAGUGUUUCUUUACUAUAGCCGUUUACUACUAGUUAGUCGUAUUCCCCAGCCGGAUCUCUCUGUCGCGAAUAGCCUGGGGACGAGGUUACCUACCAGUAUGUGAGGGGUGGUCUACUGAGUGUGUCUGUGUUCAGGACAGUGUCUGUUCAGGACAGUACCUGUUUGUGUAGACAAGAUGGGCAUUAAUGGGCGACUGCAACGCUACCUGCUGCCAGCCUCCAUCAUGGCUCUGCUGCUCUUCCUCAGUUCCUUCUGGCUCCGUUGCAAUGGGUGAUUGUGAGACCUCCUGGCACCCCUGUCUGAGUUUCAAUUUCUACCUUCCAACACCGGAGAGCCCUGUUAUUCCUCAUCCAGGAGGGGUGCAGAGUGGGGGACAGCAGGGUGAGAGGGGUGUAGUGUUAGGUUCUGUGCCCCCUCUCCAGGUGUGUCAAGGUCAACAGUUCCAGGUGUGGCGUCUCAUGUCCCACCUGACCUCUUCCAUGGCUACGCACUCUGAUGAUGUUCUGCUGGAACACUACCUCUACAGCUGGGACGAACUCAUCAAGUUUAUGGAAUCUCUCGGACCUCUGGUCAGUUUUUUCUCUCAGAAGGUCAACGAUAAGAUCGCUGUCAUCAGAGAGCUGGCCCAGCAGGAGAAAGAGGACCUUGAGAAACGUAGUCCAGUAGAAGGACACUCUGGACUACAAACUCUCACAUCAGGACUACAAGGCCCAGCGGCCUACAGUUCAGUGCGUUCCAUGGUGGAGUCGGAGCUGCAAAGGGGCUUGGUGAACUUCAGUGUGCGGACGCGCUCCGGCUGCAGAAAUCUGCUGCGGCUCCACCGUUCGCUGCUCUGGAUCCUGCUGCUACUGCAGGGCCUGGGGGAGGGACCGGACGCACAGGGGGUUUACCGCACCCCUGGGGAGCUCUGCAGGGAUGCGUACACCGUGGCCCUGGCCCCCCAUCACCCCUGGUUGAUCCGCAGCGCGGCUGAGCUGGUGUUUGUAGCGCUGCCAGACAGAAGCGUGUUCCUGGAUAUAGUUUGUGUGAGAAAAGAGGAGGAGGUUGGGCCGGUGCUCAACAUUGUUGUAGACGUUAUGAGAGAGGUAUACACACGCACACAGAGCAUACUGGAAGAACACAACAUGAUGGAGCUGCCAUAGAAAGACACAGACAGACAGACAGACACGUACGCCAGCACACAUAGCCUGCACAGACUAUAAAGACACGUGUUAGAAAGACUGUAGAAACACACAGCAACUCAGUUAGUUAGGCCUACCGUAUAAGCCUGUUAACAACUGUAUAUGUAGAAAAGCCCAUAUAACUAAUGAUAACCUUGGAAUACCUGCUUUGUGUCAGUGAAAGGAGUGAAUAAACAUGUUAUUUAUUCACA